GGGCGUCAUCGCUUCAGCUGAUUGGUGGCUAACGUUUGCGUCCGCAUGGCAACCGUAACCUGUGUACAAGAAGCGAAGAAGAGGGGAGCCCCAUGACAAUAAAGCUUUUCGGUUAACAUCCAAGACCCCCCCCACCCCCUCCGCCCCCCUCACCCUGCACAAAGAGGAAAAGAGGUGCUGACUGCGACGUGUGUCGGUGUGGCUGCCUGACAGAUCAUGUGACUGGUUUUGGAGCAACAGAACGUUUCACCAGGCAGCAAACACCAUCCAACUAACUGCUAUCUGUCAACACAUCUACAAACAUGACAGCAGAGGAGGUCAUCAGCAUCAAGGAGGCCGAGGUGAUCAAGCUGAUCCUGGACUUCCUGAACUCCAGGAAGCUGCACAUCAGCAUGCUGGCUUUGGAAAAGGAGAGCGGUGUCAUUAAUGGACUCUACUCUGAUGAUAUGCUCUUCCUCCGGCAACUCAUUCUGGAUGGCCAGUGGGAGGAGGUGAUGCAGUUCAUUCAACCUUUAGAAGGAAUGGAAAAGUUUGACAAGAAAAGGUUUCGAUACAUCGUCCUAAAGCAGAGGUUCUUGGAAGCUCUGUGUGUCAAUAACGCCAUAUCAGCUACUGAGGAUCCGCAUAACCUGGAGCUCACAAUGCAGGAGGCUGUGAAGUGCCUCCACUGUCUGGAGGAGUUCUGCCCUACCAAAGAAGACUACAGCAAGCUGUGCCUUCUCCUCACGCUGCCUCGCCUCACCCACCACGCCGAGUUCAAAGACUGGAACCCCAGCUCGGCCCGCGUCCAUUGUUUCGAGGAGGCCUGCGCCAUGGUGGCCGAGUUCAUCCCUGCGGACAGGAAACUGAGUGAGGCGGGCUUCAGGGCGAGCGGGAACCGACUCUUCCAACUGCUCAUCAAAGGAAUCCUCUACGAGUGCUGUGUAGAGUUCUGCCAGAGUAAAGCGACAGGUGAGGAGAUCAGAGAGGGCGAGGUGUUGCUCGGCGUGGAUUUGCUCUGCGGGAACGGAUGCGAUGAGCUGGAUUUGUCACUGCUCUCCUGGCUGCAGAACCUCUCCUCCGGUGCUUUCACCUGCGCCUUCGAACAGAAAACCCUGAACAUUCACGUGGACCGCCUGGUGAAACCCAGCAAGGCUGGACAUGCCGACCUCCUAACUCCCUUAAUCAACCGUCUCUCUCCCUGUCCGACCUCGCCCUUUCGCCAGAGACCUCAUUCGGCCGACACGUACAUGUCCAGAUCCCUCAACCCAGCUCUGGACGGCCUGUCCUACGGACUGGCAGCGCAGGACAAAAGAGGCAUGGAGAGCAAAGUGAAAUCUGCGCUCAGUAGGAGUCUAGUGGAGAAUAACGUGCAUCAGCAGGAUGACUCACCUGAGAGGAAGCACUCGCAGGGGUUGGAUGGGCCCCAGACCGCACGCACUCCUCUGACUCCAGGAAAAGACGGCGGACCACCAUGCAGCGCAGACAUACUGGAGCGCCGUGACUCCACAGAGCACAUCCAGGAGUACUACAGGCAGCGGCUUCGGGUGCAGCAGCAUCUGGAACAGAAGCAGCAGCAAAGACAGCUCUAUCAGCAGAUGCUGCUGGAGGGAGGUGUGAAGCAGCAGGACGGAGCCCAACACAACCUCACCGAGACGUUCCUUAGCAGAUCCAUUCAGCGGUUGGAGGAGAUGAAUGUGGGCAUCGAUCCCAAAGGAGACGAAGUGAUGGCACACUUCGGCCAGCAGUGGAAUGGGUUGUCAACAAACAGCUGCACCUCCAGCCCCAGGAUGGCCGACGUUCACAGCACAGAGAGGGGCCCUGCGAGGAGCAGGUCAGGAGGGGUGAGCAGCACCCCGUUAAACUCUGGGAGCCUCGGCCAGCCGUCACUCAGCGAGUCCCCGGUUACUAAAAGCCGCAGUUUGGAAAGAAUCAGAGGUUCUGCCGCUGCAGUCCAAGAUGACCCUGGCUGCUCCACCAUCAGAAACACACACGAGCAUGUGAAGUCCAAAGCCCAGUUUGUGCGGGUGAGUCAGCUUGAGGACACCCAGGCUCUGCGUGCCGUAGCUUUUCAUCCAUCUGGAGCGCUCUAUGCAGUCGGCUCAAACUCCAAAACCCUGAGAGUCUGUGCCUACCCAGACACAGUGACCAGCAGCGGUUCCGGUGCAGCCAAACAGCCGUCGGUGCGUUUCAGACGAAACAAACAUCACAAAGGCUCAAUUUACUGUGUGGCUUGGAGUCACUGUGGACAGCUGCUGGCCACCGGCUCCAACGACAAAUAUGUUAAGGUUUUGCCCUUCAAUGCAGACAGCUGCAAUGCCACAGGCCCAGACCUGGAGUUCAGCAUGCACGAUGGUACCAUAAGAGACCUGGCGUUUAUGGAGGGUCCUGAGAGCGGGGGAUCCAUCCUGAUCAGUGCCGGGGCUGGAGACUGCAACAUUUACACAACAGACUGUCAGAGAGGACAAGGCCUUCAUGCCCUGAGCGGACACACAGGUCACAUUCUGACCGUGUGCACAUGGGGCGGCUGGAUGAUCGCCUCCGGCUCCCAGGAUAAAACGGUCCGGUUCUGGGACCUCCGUGUGCCCAGCUGUGUUCGGGUGAUUGGCACAUCUCUGCAUGGAUCAGGAAGUGCCGUUGCUUCAGUGGCGGUGGACCCCAGCGGCCGCCUGCUGGCCACCGGUCAGGAGGACAGCACCUGCAUGUUGUACGACAUCCGAGGGGGACGCAUAGUUCAGACCUUCCGCCCCCACGGCAGCGACAUUCGCUCCGUGCGCUUCUCGCCGGGAGCCCAUCAUCUCCUCACCGGUUCCUACGACAACAAAAUCAUCAUCAGCGACCUUCAAGGUGACUUGACGAAGCCGCUCCCUCAGACGCUGGCCGGCGAGCACUUGGACAAGGUGAUCCAGUGCAGGUGGCACCCACAUGACCAGACGUUCCUCUCCUCGUCUGCCGAUCGAACUGUCGUCCUCUGGGCUCUGGGGCCCUGAGAAUUUCAAGAAAUUAGCUGUUCACAAGAGCGCAGUUUACUCUGUUUAGAUCAGCCUCUUUGUGUGUACUGCAGUGAUGGUGUUUUGAAGACUUGCUGCACUGAAAGCCACCUGUGUGCAUUGGAAUGCUACCGCGAUACAUCGGUGUGAUUCUGUCACCGUGGGACACUCUAAAGUCUUUGUGUGUGUGUGUGUGUGUGAUGUCACAGGUCAACUGUAGCUAAAGCUGGAUCUAAAAAUUUUUUUUCAAAUGAUCAAAGGAAACAAAAAUGUAUGUGCAGUUGUAAUUUGGUCUUAGUGUAAAUCCCAAAGCCUCAAAAGUACUAUUCAUUCUUCUGUUUGCUUGUUAUGUUGUGAUUGAAAGGAUGGAUGACAUGAAAAAAAAAGAGAAAACUAAGUUCACUUCAAGCACACUUUAAAACUUGCUUUAGUUCUUUAACAAUGCACUGAAAUAUUUUAUCAAUAUUUUGUCAAAUUGAUGGGAAAAAAAAGAAUAGUAAUAUAAAGAAUUUACCUUUUGUUGCAACAUUGCACAGCGUUUCACAGCUCAUCAAAGCACAGCGAUGUCAGUGGUUUCCAUGGAAAUCAGUCUCUGUACUCAACAUUGCGAAAGGAAGCAACAUUUAGUUUUAUGCAUUUCAUAACGUGCCUUUAUUAAACAUGUGCAGAGAGUUAGCUUUCCUUUCUGAUUGCUUUUCUAUGCCAGGUCAAAGUAAAUAUUUUAAACAUGUUAUCAAUGCAGAAAAUUAGAAGCAGCAUUUUGACUGUGCACAUAUAUAUGUAAAAUAAACGAUUGCCAUGUUAUCGUUAAAGUUUUUUUUUUAUUAAUUAGGACAUGAAGACUGAAAAUGUGACUUAUCCUGUUUUAUUUUGGUUAUCAAUAAAAUGGAAAGUUAAUGUG